GUACCUUGGCGAACGUAACAUUUGCAGAGAAAGGGCAAUUAAAGUUGGAAACUUGAAAGGGGUUUUGUUUUGGGUCUCAACUCUCAACAUUCCAUGAUCUAUCCCAAUCACCAACUAAACAAAAUCUCAGUUCUCACUCACAGUAUUGAUUGAUAGAAGGGGUGAAUUGAAUUCCAUCACCUUGAUGGAUCCCCAUUUCAAGUCCAAUUUCAUCAACGGUGUUAGACUCAACCAAGUUCCCAACACGCUCCAUGCAGAGGAUCAGAUGAAACCCUUUGAAUUUGGAUUCGUGGAUAACCCCUUUCUUCUUCCACCUGAUCCAAACGCUGCUCAAAAUCCUCUUUUUCUCUCCACCGAAGAAGACUCUCCCUUGGAUGAGUCAGAUUUUUCUGCCACUGUCCUACGCUACAUAAACCAAAUGCUCAUGGAAGAGGACUUGGAGGAGAAGCCGUGUAUGUUCAACGAUUCCUUGGCUCUCCAAGCUGCUGAGAAAUCAUUCUAUGAUGUCAUUGGUGAGACAUACCCUUCUUAUUCUUCUUCCAUCCAAAACUCUCAGGACAGUCCUGAUGAAAGUAGUAGCAUCAGUGGUACAACAACUAGCACUGUUAAUAACUCAGUUGAGUGCCAUUGGAAUAAUGGUGAUGUUACUGACAACAAGCCUUCCAUGAUGCAAUCCACUUUGCCUGCUGACUUUGUUUUCCAGGCCAGUUCAAUCCAAUCUUCUUUGAACACCCCAACCACAAGCAACUAUGCUGUAAAGGACAAUGGAUUCAUGGCAAGUUCUGGAUUUUUAACUCCAGGGUCAACAACCUUGUUUAGCAAGAGUGAAUCUGUGCUGCAAUUUGAGAGGGGUGUGGAGGAAGCCAAUAAGUUUCUCCCUAAAGGGAAUCCAUUGGUUAUUGACUUGGAGAACCCCUCCUUUGUAAAGGUGCCUCCUCGGACGGUGGAAAUUAAGGCGGAGAGAGAUGAAAUUUCUCCAGAGUCAAGAGGAAGGAAGAAUCACGAGCGGGAAGAUGGAGAAGCAGAAUUACAAGAUGGAAGAAGCAACAAGCAGUCAGCUGUGUACACUGAUGAUGACAGUGAGCUAUCAGAAUUGCUUGAUAAGAUACUGCUGGGCGCAAGGUGGGGAAAUGAGCCAGCUCCUUUGUGUAUUUGUUUCGCGGAUCUUCCCAAUGGACCAUCCUUGGGUAAAUUAGAGGAAGCAAAAAAGUCUGAUGGCGGGAAGAGCCGUGUUAAGAAACAAAGCAACAAGAAGGGAGUUGUGGAUCUGAGUACAUUGUUGAUUCUAUGUGCACAAGCUGUUUCUUCUGAUGAUCGCGUAACUGCUAAUGAGUUAUUGAAGCAGAUAAGGCAACAUUCUUCUCCACUAGGUGAUGGAACUCAGAGGUUGGCUCAUUCCUUUGCAAAUGCUCUUGAUGCACGUUUGGCUGGCACUGGCACUCAGAUUUAUACUGCGUUGUCCAACAAAAAAACCUCUGCCGCGGACAUGGUGAAGGCUUAUCAAAUGUAUAUUUCAGCCUGUCCAUUCAAGAAGCUUGCAAUCAUUUUUGCAAACCAUACAAUUUUGCAUCUAGCCAAGGAAGUUGAAACUCUUCACAUUAUAGACUUUGGCAUCCGCUAUGGCUUUCAGUGGCCAGCUCUUAUUUAUCGUCUAUCAAGACGACCUGGUGGGCCGCCCAAGCUGCGCAUUACAGGGAUAGAGCUUCCUCAGCCUGGUUUCAGGCCAAAGGAGAGAGUCCAGGAGACGGGGCUUCGCCUUGCAAGGUAUUGUGAUCGCUUUAAUGUUCCAUUUGAGUUCAAUGCUAUUGCUCAGAAAUGGGAAACCAUCAAACUUGAGGACUUGAAAAUAAAGGAGAAUGAACUUCUUGCAGUGAAUGCCAUGUUUCGAUUUCAAAAUCUACUUGAUGAGACAGUUGUGUCGAAUAGUCCCCGGGAUACUGUUUUAAAUUUAAUAAGGAAGGCAAAUCCCAAUAUCUUCAUACAUGCUACUGUCAAUGGAAGCUACAAUGCUCCAUUCUUUGUGACACGGUUCCGGGAGGCCCUUUUCCAUUAUUCUACUUUGUUUGAUGUGCUUGAUACCAAUACUGCUCGGGAAGAUCCAAUGAGGUUGAUGUUUGAGAAAGAGUUCUUUGGGCGGCGGGUAAUGAAUAUCAUCGCUUGUGAGGGUUGUGAGAGAGUUGAGAGGCCUGAGACAUACAAACAAUGGCAGGUUCGACACAUGAGGGCUGGAUUUAGGCAACUUCCCUUGGAUCAACAGCUUAUUAACAAAUUAAGAUGCAAGUCAAAAGGUGUGUACCACAGUGAUUUCAUGCUUCUUGAAGAUGGCAACUAUAUGCUGCAAGGUUGGAAGGGCAGAGUAGUUUAUGCUUCCUCCUGUUGGGUGCCUGCAUAGGCCUUCACAAUGUUCUUCGCAGUGUAGUUAAUUAGGAGAAGUAAGGGCCAUGGUAGACUAAUCUUAUCCAUCUCUGUAUUCUAAAAUUUAGUCUUCAUAAUUAUGAGGGCAGUUGUAUUAUUUUUAAAGUGCUGAUUAUACAAAUCAACAAUCUUAGUAUAUAUUAGCAUUACCAUCGGAUGACAGUAUAAUAUAAGUGGAUUCUAACUAAAUUCUUUCUU